UACAUAGACCAAAUUGUGCAUUGAACAUUGAGCUUGGGGUCUCACUGGCAAUAUAAAUGAUAAAGUCUCAGUAGUCGCUACGCUUCAGUCCAGAAAGCAUCUAGUCCGACCCUUAAAACUAAUAAAUAGUUAAAUAGAUCCAGAGCAAUGGCAGAAUUUUUGGGAAAAAAAUACAAGCUUUUUAGCAGCGACAAAUUCGACGAAAUGAUGAAGGCGUUGGGUGUCGGCCUGGUGACCCGUAAAAUGGGAGCAAGUGUGAGCCCAGUUGUCGAGCUGACCAAAGACGACAACGACCUGUACACUCUGAAGACAACGAGUACAUUCAAGACCUCUGAAGUUAAGUUCAAGCUCGGGGAGGAAUUUGACGAAGAGACACCGGAUGGCCGCAAAGUUAAGAGUGUCAUAACUUUAGAUGGCAAUAAAAUGAGUCACAUUCAAAAGGGAGAAAAAGAUACAGUCAUUGAACGAGAGUUCACUCCUACGGAAAUGACUGCUAUCAUGAAAGUAGACGACAUCGUUUGUACUCGUGUCUACAAACUUCAAGCAUAAGAAGAUAAUUUUAUUUCAGAAGCUAUUGCACCAAGUGGAUCCACUAUCAAUUUAUCAUUUUUUCUACUUUUCUGCUAUUAUAAUAUUAUUAUUUUUUCUAAUAUAAUUAUAAAAAUUUACGAUUCAAAUUAUAAAUAAUGAAUUUUUGGGAAUAUAAAGUACUUUGUAUUCAAUAAAUAUCUAAAAUUAAUUUA